AUGUCUGUUCAGUCAACCGCCGAUCCCGCUUUCGAUGUGAUUGGACUGGGCUUCGGCCCCGCUAACGUCGCCAUUGCCGGAGCCGUCAUCGAGAAGUGGAAGGACGCUGCGAGCACCGACCAUGCGCCUCUCCGGCGAUGCCUGUUCAUUGAGAAGCAGCGUGAGUUCCGGUGGCACCCCGGCAUGCUGCUGCCCAACUCCCGGAUGCAGAUCAGUUUUCUCAAGGACCUCGCCACGCUGCGCUCUCCCCAGUCGCCCAUCACUUUCCUCGCCUACCUCCACUCUCAAGGCCGCCUCGUGAACUUCAUCAACCGCGGGAGCUUCACACCAACGCGCCGGGAGUACGCCGACUACCUCUCGUGGGCGGCGGAGUACGUGCAAAAGCAAGGGAUCCGAGUCCGUUAUGGGGAGGAGGUUAUCGCUAUCAGCCGAUGUGAAGAUGGGCUCGUUCAGGUACGCAGCCGCGACAUCGGCACAGGCGAGGAAUUCUCGAGGAUAGCACGCAACAUCGUCCUUUCUCCGGGUGGGACGCCGAGACUUCCGCCCGCACUGUCCAUCCACUGGCCGCACCCACGUAUUAUUCACAGCGCGUCAUAUAUCUCGUCCGCGAACGAGUUCUUCGCGUCUCUCCCGCGGACGACAGAGCCGCUCCGGAUUGCGGUGAUCGGCGCGGGACAGUCGGCAACAGAGGUUGUGCUCGACCUCCACAGCCGGCUGAACGCGCUCCAUGUCUCUGGGGGACGGCAGCACGAGCUGGACAUGAUCUUCCGUCGGGGCUCGGUGAAGCCGAGCGACGACACUCCGUUCUCGAACGAGAUCUUCGACCCUGCGUCCACCGACUUCGUGUUCGGGCUGCCCUCCCAGCGCGAUCGCCAGGCCGUCCUGCGCGAGUACAACGCCACGAACUACAGCGUCGUCAACGUCCGCACCAUUGACUCCCUCUACGAGGUUAUGUACCAUCAAAACCUUCUUGACGGCAUCAAGUCCCGCACCGGGGAGGAAGAGGACAACAACCGCACACGGAUCACUCUUUGCCCCCACACCGCAAUCUAUUCCUCCGAGAUGGUCCCUGCCCACCCUGACGGCGCGACGCGCGGUGACGCGGUUCGCCUCACUCUGCAUGGCCUCCUCUCCCGUUCGGUCACGCACAGGACGUAUGACGCCGUCUUCUGUGGCACCGGGUACGAUCGCGAUUCAUGGACACGCCUCCUCGCCUCCUCCGACCUCGCCGAGGCUUACGGCGUAAAAUCUUCCGCGAUCGAGCUCGUCGCGGAGGGCGAUGCUGCGCCGUGCGAGCGCGAGAUUCUCUCCGCCCUUGAGGGCUCUAUCGCAGGACGCGCCACCCCGACUGGCUCGGGCUCCUCGGACGGCUUCUCGACGCCCCCAACCCCGGUCACCCCGCACUCACACCACACCAAGUUCCCGGGCGAGGGCGCGCCGAGCAAGGUGCGCGUCAGCAGGACAUACCGCCUGCUGCCCGAGCACGAUAGCAAGCACGCGCCGCGGGUGUACCUCCAGGGUUGCACGCAGUCUACGCACGGGCUCAGCGAGUCGUUGCUCAGCAUCCUGGGCGUACGCGCGGGCAUGGUGGUGGAUGAACUCUGCGCCGAUGGCGCACGACAGUGA